GCCUCCCAUCUCUAAUAGAGCAAAUGUAAAUUCCGCAGAGAGCACAAUUCAGUGCAAAAAUGAAUUAAACCGGGGAAGCAACGGAUAAAAUUCGCAUACGGUUCACGUCGAGAAUGUUUAAACGCACUUUUAAGGUAGUUUAUCGGCCCAUCAGGAGCAACUUUGUGCUGCUUCCGGAUCAAUACUACGGUGUCGUUUCGACCUAUGAUACGGGCUGCCUGAGUCUGCAGUACAAUGGUCGGGUGCACUACGCCUCCUGGGCGCCACAAAGGGGCGGCGGCCUCAAGGACACCGAGAUUGGGAUCAAUGCCAGGGCGGCCAAGGAGAUCGGUCUGCAUGAGAAUGAUCUGGUCAAGUGUGCGCUCAUCGCUGACGUUCUCAACCUGCGCAGCGUCCACGUUACCCCCGUCUCGUCCAAGGAUUGGGAGAUCAUUGAACUAAGCACUGAAAAGAUUUCCGGCAGUGUGUUGGAGCAAACCCGCAUUGUAAACUCAACUCAGAUUCUAAUUGUUUGGAUUAACAAGUCCAUGCAAGUGGCGUUGACAGUGGAUCGCCUGAAGCCGCAUAUGAAUUACGGCAGAAUCGAUCACAACACGGAACUUGUGGUAGCACCCAAUCUUUACAAAGGACUGACAAAUGGAGAUUCAAAUGGUGCCAUUGAGGAUAACUCAAAAUUAUCUAGGAGUAAAACCACUGCCCAGGUUAAGGAUGAACUGGUGGAGAAGCCAAAUACCUUGGCGCAUUCCUCCACGGUGUCCAAUGUAAAGAAUACAAUUCAACGCAACAAGCGACAGGAUCACAUGGAGCGUCAAAAGGAUUUGCGUAGGGAGAGUUCGCGUAGCUUUGAGUUCCGCGUUAUUCGAGGUUUGUGGCGGGAAAAAGCCCAGGAAUCGGAUGUCUAUGUGAACAAGAAGCAUCUGCCAGAGUUCUUCGAUCUGGAUCUGUUUUACUGUAUGCACACUGCCGGUGAUAAGGAUUACUAUGUGCGGGUGCGCACAUUGGAUGAGGAAGACGAUCUAGAGGACGAUUUACCCGGCACAAUUCACUCUUCGAUUGAACUUAAUGCUAAUCUAAUGAAAUUACUGAAUAUCCAGGAAUUGGAGAGAGUUGUUCUUAAGCCGAAAACUACAGUUGUAAACUUUGUGGAGAAAAUUGAGCUGUUUGCCAACAAGAAAACGCAUUACAAGAUCAUGGAAAAUGCAUUUAAGCGAUUUGUCAUUGAGAGAACUCAGCAGAAACCAAUGCUAUUUAACCAGGAGGAAGUGGUGCGGCUAGAGGACGAUUUGCUCGUUACUGUCGGAAUACUACCAGAGCAUUUUCGUUAUUGCGUGGUGGACGCCCAGUUCCUUAAAGAGUCCAAAAUCUAUGCGGCAGAUCUUGUGCGUCCAGUUGCCGAGAUCAUCAAGGAACAGGCGCCACUGACUUCGCCACUUAGUGUUCAGGAUCUCAUAAAACUGCCAGAGUAUGAUAAGAUUGUGGACCAGAUAGUCCAAGAACUGCGCAUGAACCUGUGCCUCAAUGCCGAAAACUCCGUAAUGCGGCAGUGCAAUGUGUUGAUUACUGGUGCCGCGGGAACAGGUAAAAGCGUUCUUGUCGAGCGCAUCCUGGACCAGUUGACGCGCAAACCGGACUAUUGCUACUUCGAGUUCUUCUACGGAUCGCGAAGCAAAGGCCGCAAGACCGAGUCGAUACAGAAGGAUCUGCGCAACAUAUUCACCAGUUGUUUGCAACAUGCCCCUGCCAUCGUGGUGCUGGAGAACUUGGAUGUGCUGGCCCAUUCCGCUGGCGAGCAGUCCAGCCAGGAUGGGGAGUACUACAACCGCAUGGCGGAUACAGUUCACCAGUUGAUUGUUCAGUACACCAGCAACAAUGCCAUUGCAGUAAUUGCCACCGUCAACGAGCUGCAGACACUCAACAAGCGGUUAAGUUCACCCAGGGGUAGGCAUAUCUUUCAAACUGUUGCUCGCCUGCCUAGUUUGGAGCGGGCCGAUCGAGAGAUAAUCCUCCGUGAGCUAUGCAGCCACAUCAGUUCGUCUAAGGACCUGGAUCUUGUAAAGUUCUCCAACCUCACUGAGGGUUAUCGGAAGUGUGAUCUUGUCCAAUUCGUGGAGCGGGCCAUCUUUUAUGCCUAUCGCAUAAGCAAGGCCCAGCCAGUUUUAACAAACGAUCAGCUUAUUGAGUCUUUGGAGCACACCAACUCCUACUGCCUGCAGGGUAUUCAAAGCAAUCAAAAGACUGGAAACGAGACAGAGGCCAAUGAAAUGCGAGUUGAGGAACUUCCUGGUUUGGAGUCAGUUGUCGGUGUGCUCGAGGAAGUUCUUAUGUGGCCAUCACGGUAUCCAACGAUUUUCAAUGCCUCACCCCUUCGCAAUCAGGCAGGAGUACUCCUGUACGGACCACCAGGAACUGGAAAAACUUACUUGGUCUCCCAGUUGGCCUCAUCCUGGAAUCUGCGCAUAAUUUCUGUCAAGGGUCCCGAACUGCUUGCCAAAUACAUUGGCCAGAGCGAGGAGAAUGUUCGCAAUCUGUUCAAUCGGGCUCGAAGUGCCCGUCCUUGUGUACUUUUCUUCGACGAGUUCGACAGUUUGGCACCAAAGCGUGGUCACGAUUCUACCGGAGUCACCGAUCGGGUGGUAAAUCAACUGCUAACCGAAUUGGACGGCGUUGAGGGUCUGCAGGGAGUCACAGUGAUAGCAGCCACUUCUAGGCCAGAGCUCCUGGAUCCGGCGCUUCUUCGCUCCGGCCGCAUCGAUCGCCUGGUCGAGUGUCCUCUACCGGAUGCUGUAGCUCGAGUUCGCAUCUUUGAGGCUCUCAGUUCAACCCUCAACCUUGAUGAGUGCGUGGAUUUCGAAUGGUUUGCUGGAAAAACUUCGAACUACACCGGCGCCGAUAUUCAGAGCAUUCUGACCUCGGCAAACAUGGCAGCGGUAAAGGAGGCGCUAGCUAAAUUCGGACACGAGGUAAUUGCCAAAGAAAAUCUUUUGAAGCAGAAACACCUUGUAGAGUCCUUCCAAACCACAAGGCCGUCCCUUAGCGCCUCCGAUGUGUCCAAAUAUCACAAAACGUACUCUCGUUUUACCAACAAGGAGAAGAGCUCUAGGGAGUUUGUGGCCAAGCGCGCAACAUUGGCUUAAAGACAAAGACUUAAUUAGGUUAGCAAAUAUUAUCAACUAUGAUUUUUAUUUUGUAUAUUUGUAUAUACAUACAUAGGGAUUAUUCUUUGGGUUUGUAUGCUUUCUCGUUGAGACAUUAAAAAUUAAUAUGUUGUUAUAGUAUUGUGAUAUAAA